AUGGACAACCUACCAGAGCUUGCAGACGAUGGACAUAACUGGACAGCUUAUGGCAGCUGGGUCCUAAAUGCCAUUGCAGAUGAAGGCUUGAUGGGGUUCCUACUCGGGUCUGAAACACAACCUAUACAUCCAGCACAGCUGAAAGGUCGAGGUGAGGGCUGGACACCUCAGACCAACGAGGAACAAGACGAGGUCACAGCAUGGCAAACCUCAGAUGAGUUCUGGCACAAGCAGAGCUUGAAGGUCAAUCUUCUAUUGAUCUUCGGAAUUUCGGACUGCAUAUUCUCAUUCAUACUCCAUCUAAAAACACCCCUCGAGAAGUUCACCUACCUCGAGAAGCACUAUGGCUCAGUUACGAGACCAGAAAGCUGGAAAACGACUGAGGAGGAUGCACAAAGUGACAACUUGCAAAAUUGCCACUCACCCGUACUACACGGGGCUGAAGCAACCUCUCAGCAAACCAGUGGCAGCCUUCUCGGCCAGUCGGCUACUCAUGACAACAAAAGGGACAGCACAGAGCUGUCACUAGAGACUGUAGAAGUCACACCUAGUCAGUGCAGACAAGUCGAAGUGUCAAGCAUCAACAUACCUACAGCAGAGGUUGAACACACCCUAAAUGGGCACUUGGAGCUGGAGCUGGAGGGAGUGCCAUGCGAAGCAGGCAGUGGCUCAAUGGAUGAACUUGGAGAUGCAAACCCUAAGACAUCAAGUGGCCGUGCAGACAAGACCAGCGCUGCAGGCACGUGCAGUCAACUCGUCAUUGCCAACGUGACAAGGGAUUUACAUCUACUCAAACCCAGCAGCGAGACUUUCGAUCUUGCAAUCAAUUCUAUUAAUCUUGAGAACACUCAUGCCAUCAAAACUACUUCACAGACACCUGUCAAUCACGAUCAGCACAUCCAAACAUGCAGCAGUCUGAUCACCAACAUACCUGACCUUCCAUGCAUUCAUGUUGCAGCUCCAAACCCAUUCAUUGGACAAUCUGACCAAGUCUUUGGUACUUCGAACACAGAAAGGAAGUUAGCACGAGCGCGAACGGUCAGCAAUGGAGAAAUUACCAUACCACAUCCUCACGAAGCCCAAACGACCCUUUCAGAUCAGGCAGCACUCACUAACGAGCCAAAAUGCCUCAAAGAUCUGCAAGAGGCCGAGUGA